AUGGCUCAGAAACAAAAGCGCUCCAGAGCCGAACAGGCACGACAAUUCCUACAAAGCGGUGGUGUUUUGCGAGAGGACUCGGACGAUGAACUCGGUACUGAGGACCUCCCCUGGGAAUGGAUCUAUGGACCCAACAAGACCAUCGUCGGUGCUCAGAUUGGCGAUUUCCAAUGCCACAUCGGAGACACCGUCUUGCUCAAAGCCGCUGGAAACGAAGCUUGGGUAGCCAUCAUCCAAGACUUUGCAGAGGGCGAGAUCGAAGACGAUGAUGGACAAAUGAUCAAUGAUAUGAAAGCCUCCUUUCUAUGGUUCUCAUCCGAAAAGGAAAUCGUCAACAAGGCCAAGAAGAGGCAAGACUUUCUGGAGAACGAAUUGUACAUCACUACUGGUCUGGACGAAAACUCAUUAAAGACUAUCAAUGGCAAGGCUACUGUCCUUUCUGAAGAGAGCUUCAACUUGAGGUAUCCGAAUGGCAAGAUUCCAAAAGGCUCGAAAGAUCAUGGCAAAGUCUUUGUCUGCAAACGAGGCUGCAAUACUCGCACAACCACCUACACCGAUGAGUUCGUCUGGGAGGACGUAUACCGUGGAGCUGAGGAUAUGCAGUCUCUACGGGACUUGAUCGACAGUCAGACUGUAAGAACACGCAAACGCAAGUCAGCUGUCAGGGCAACGAUACCCGGUGAUUUGGAUGAGUUCGUGGUACCUGACGACGAAGAUGGCGAGACGGCCACUCAGCGGAAACGCAGGAAAUUGACCUCUGCCACACCAACUUCAAGGAGCAAACACCCUGCGCCUCGCAAGCUCACCACUCCUACACAUCGCCGCAUUAUCGCCAAGAGGCCUCUCGAAUUUACACCUCUGGGUACUCGUAUGAUCUCGCCUUCUCACACAACCGCCUCACCCCAUCAGCUCGCCCGAAGCACACUGCACGUAUCAGCUGUACCAAAUGCACUUCCUUGCCGUGAAGAUGAGUUUGGCGAAGUCUACGCUCAUCUAGAGACUGCCAUCUCGGCCGGCACAGGAUCUUGCAUCUACAUCUCCGGCACACCAGGCACAGGCAAAACUGCCACGGUACGAGAAGUAGUGGCCGCGCUCAACGUAGCCGUCUCCACCGACGAACUGGACGACUUUGUGUUCGUCGAAAUCAACGGUAUGAAAGUCACCGAUCCUCACCAAUCAUACUCUCUACUCUGGGAAGCUCUCAAAGGCCAACGCGUGAGCGCCACACACGCUCUAGAACUGCUCGAACGCGAAUUCAGCACUCCAAGUCCGAGAAGAGUACCGUGUGUAGUGCUGAUGGAUGAACUCGAUCAACUCGUCACAAAAUCUCAAGGUGUCAUGUAUAACUUUUUCAACUGGCCUCAAUUACGACAUUCGAGACUUAUCGUGUUGGCUGUGGCGAAUACCAUGGACUUGCCUGAACGCACACUCAGCAACAAGAUCAGUUCGCGUUUGGGACUCACACGCAUCACAUUCCCUGGCUAUACCCAUCAACAACUCAUCAAAAUCAUAGAGAGCAGACUCGAAGGCAUAGGACAAGUGGUGGUCGAACCCGACGCCGUACAAUUCGCGAGUAGAAAAGUAGCCGCUGUAUCUGGAGACGCACGUCGCGCUCUGGAUAUCUGCCGUCGCGCAGUUGAGAUUGCUGAGGCAGACAAGGCAGCUGCUGACAAAGCUUCACUGGAAGAAACACCGGCUGCAGAAACCAAUGACGAAGCAUCAGCCACGAUAGCACCAGCGAAAGCGGCAGCGAUGAAGAAAGGCGUCGUCACAAUCUCAACCAUCAAACGCGCAAUCAACGAAGCUACCUCCACACCUUUAGCCUCAUACCUGCGUUCCCUUCCCCUGGCUUCGAAACUCUUCCUUGCUGCUCUGCUCGGCCGUAUUCGAAGAACCGGAUUGACGGAGAGUACACUCGGCGACAUCAUUGACGAAGCGGCACGUAUGGCAGCGUUAUCAUCUUUAGUCCCUCUCCAUGAUAUUCUACUCGCAUCGGAUACUUUCCAACCUAUUCCUUCACUGACAGGGGCUUCUACACCUGGCAAACGAGGCAGAGUGGCUGGCAAGAAAGAGAGCAAAGUGGCGAGGUUGAGAGGAAUGAAUGUGGCGGCAGAGGAGCUGGCAGAAGCCGGAAUCGUAGGCUUGGAAGUCAGAAGAGGCGAGAGAGUCGGUCGAGUAAGAUUGGGUGUCGGCGAAGAAGAAAUCAGAGGUGCUCUCCGAGAAGACGAAGAAUGCAGAGGUCUCGGCUUCAGUGGGUGA